AUGGACCACUUCAAGGCGCAGCUGCUGCCGUCGUUCCGCAAAUCCAGCGAGAUGGGGGCAGCCGACAAGGGGGAGUGCGGCAAGGACAGACGGGCGCACCACCAGAGGGCGCAGUCGCUGGCAGGGCCGCUCGCCAGCACGAUCACCACCGCCACGGCGGAGGGCGUCGAGCCAAUCGGCGCUGCCUGCGGGGAGGAUGGCCUGCCGCAGAGUAUGAAGAACCUGAGCAUCAAGGACGUCAGGCACCAGUCGGAGAUGAGCGAACGGGUCGUGGAAGGAAAAGUCAAGGACAAGGGCAACCCAAAGGGACAGGGCAUUGUGGUGGAGAUGACAGUAAGGAGCUCUGAGGGCCGUCAUACAAAGGUCACCUACACCACUGAAAAAGUGGUGGGGAAUGGCUCCUUUGGUGUGGUGCACAAGGCGUCCUGUGCAGAGACAGGGCAGACGGUUGCCAUAAAGAAAGUGCUGCAGGACCGGCGCUUCAAGAACCGGGAGCUACAGAUUAUGCGCCUGUUGGACCACCCCAACAUCGUGCGACUGCAGCACUGCUUUGCAACCCGCAAGGAAGAUGGCGAGACCUACUUGCACCUCGUGCUAGAGUACAUCCCGGACACCGUGUACCGGAUAUGCCGGCAUUACUCCAAAAACGCCAGCAGGAUACCCAUUCUGUACACCAAGAUAUACGUAUACCAGAUGUGCCGGGCGCUGGCACACCUGCACAAGAUGGGUAUCUGCCAUAGGGACAUCAAGCCUCAAAACCUGCUGGUGAACAUCGAGACACAGCAGCUGAAGCUGUGCGACUUUGGGAGUGCCAAAGUGCUGGUGAAGGGGGAGCCAAACAUCUCGUACAUCUGCUCCAGGUAUUACCGGGCGCCAGAACUCAUAUUCGGUGCCACGGAGUACACAACGGCGAUCGACAUGUGGUCCAUAGGUUGCGUGAUGGCGGAGCUUCUUCUUGGCCAGCCCAUGUUUCCAGGUGAGAGUGGCAUCGACCAACUGGUGGAAAUAGUGAAGGUUUUGGGCACGCCAACGAAGGAGCAGAUCGUCUCCAUGAACCCCACCUACACAGAAUUCAAGUUCCCUCAGGUGGACCCUUGCUCCCUGAAAAAGGUUUUCAAGAAGGUCCCCGCAGACACUGUGGACUUGGUGUCUAAGUUUCUUGUGUACACACCUGCUGACCGCAUAACGGCCAUUGGCGCGUUGGCACAUCCAUGCUUCGAUGAGCUGAGGAAUGCAGGGGGUUUGCUGCCAGAUGGCUCCCCCAUGCCGCAGCUCUUCAAUUGGGUGCCGGGCGAAUUGGACUGCACGACGCCGGAGCAGCGCACCAAGCUUGCGAGCUGCAGCUAG